AUGAGCAAUGAACAAGAAACGGAGAAUGACAAGACCUUGGACGAGCCAGAGCCGGGUUGUAGUAGACAAGAUGGGAAUCCAGAUACGCACGAAGACCAAAGGCCCAAGGUCUCAGUCAAUGACCUGUCGUCCAUCCCAAAUGGCGGUUUGAGAGCCUGGUUCCAGGUGGUUGGUACAUUCUUCAUCUUCUUCAAUACGUGGGGAAUUCUUAACACGUUCGGGGCUUACCAGACAUAUUAUGAAACGGGAGAGCUCUUCGUCUCGUCAUCGUCCAACAUUUCAUGGAUUGGUUCUGUGCAGUCCUCUUUACUUUUGAUCCUGGGACUCGCGACUGGCCCUCUCUACGAUGCUGGCUAUUUCCACGUGUUGCUAUACAGUGGUUCCUUGUUUAUACUGUUGGGACAAAUGAUGACCAGCAUAUGUCAUGAAUAUUACCAAACGCUUCUCGCGCAAGGCUUCUGCAUCGGCAUUGGAGUCGGUCUCAUUUUCAUUCCUGGGGUCGCUCUGCUGUCGACAUAUUUUGAGUCUAAACUCGCCCUCGCAAAUGGCGUCGCAGCCGCAGGUAGCGGCCUAGGGGGGAUCUUGUAUCCAAUUAUUUUCCAUCGACUUUCUCGCCAGAUUGGGUUUGGCUGGACGGUUCGUGCAAUUGGCCUUGUCAUCCUCGUCACGCUGCUCAUUCCGCUGUUGGUCUUCAGAGUUCGAGUUCUUCCUCCCAACAAGAGAAAAGUGCUGGAUCUGCCGGCCUUCAAAGAACCCGCCUAUGUCUCCUUUGUCCUGGGAGGACUCCUCACCUUCAUCUCCCUCAACAUUCCGUUUUUCUACAUCCAAUACUUUGCCAUUACCAAAAAGAUCGCCGCCGAUGAAAUGGGAUUCUAUCUUCUUUCCAUAAUCACAACUGGAUCCGUCUUUGGACGGGUGUUCCCCAAUAUCUUCGCCACACGUAUUGGCCCAUUUAAUAUUGUCUUCUCGUGCACUAUCAUCUGUGGCGCGUUGAUGUUUGCACUUGUCAAUCUAUCCAGUCUAGCUGGGAUUGUGGUGAUUUCUCUGCUCUAUGGGUUUUUCUCUGGGGCAUUUGUCUCACUGCCACCCACGUGCUUUGUGCGACUGUCGCCUGAUAGAAGCCAUGUCGGGACUCGAAUGGGUAUGGGCUAUGCGGUCAUGACUGUGGGAAACCUGAUCGGCACUCCAGUAGCAGGCACAAUUCUGCAGAAUCAAGGAUUCAAUACAAUGUGGAUAUUUGGCGGCAUCAUGUCCAUUGCAGGAGGUUUGACUAUGAUGAUUAGCCGAAAUAUUCAAGUCGGGUGGAAGCUGUGGGUAAGUCAGUAA